ACCUGAUUUAAGAAUAUAGCUACGUAUUUAACUGUUAUACAACUUCGCUCUGCACUUAUUUGAGAUUGAAAUCUCAACUAUUAGUUUGGAAUUUAAUAAAAGUUGAUGUCCUAUAGCUUUAAAGACUUCAACAUCGUCACAAGAACGCUACUGUAUUUAUAAAUAGUGUGCUUGUCUAAUGAAAAAAAAUCAGGUGAAAAUAAAAGGAAUACACGAUACGAAAGUAUUCUAUUGUUUUUUAGAGAGCUUACUUUGCAUAAUCACAGAGAAACAGCCAUGGAGAAAAAAACAGAAGCCUACAAUGACAAACCAAAAAAAUCGAAGAUAAAACAUAUUAUAAUGGAAAACCUUUUGAUAAUAUUGAUGAUAAUAUCCGUUAUAAUCGGGGUGUGUCUUGGAGUAGGUCUGAGAGGAAUAUGGUCACCCGACGAAAAAAGGAAACUUCAUUAUUUAAGGUUCCCAGGAGAUCUUCUGAUGAAUAUGUUGAAAAUGAUGAUAAUACCAUUGAUCGUAUCCAGUCUAAUAUCUUCGUUAGCAUUCCUAGACUCCAAGUCAUCCGGUAAGAUGGGACUGCGUGCCGUCGUAUAUUACCUCACGACGACAUUGUGUGCCGUAAUAAUCGGUAUUAUUCUGGUAGUAACAAUUCGUCCUGGAGAUCGAGGUGGCAAAAUUGAGAAAGGUGGUAGUUCUAAGAACGCUGACGCUUUGGAUUCCUUAUUUGAUCUGAUCAGAAACUGUUUUCCAGACAAUCUUAUUGAAGCAUGCUUUCGAAAGCAAACAACGGAAGUAUUGGAUCAUAAUAUAGUCACUGAGCAUACAUACAUGAUGAAUGUUACGGGUACUAACUUCACCACACAGGCACCUAAUGAUGAUAUGGUGAAAAUGGUUAACUACACUACUACACGAAUAGUAGACAAACCCGUGGUAAAGAAAGUGGAGGGAAUGAACAUCCUUGGUAUAGUAGUCUUCUCGAUAUUUUUCGGCUGCACUUUGUCUAAAAUGGGCCAAGCAGGAAAACCACUGUCAGCUUUCUUCGAAUGUAUGCACAUUGCAACAAUGAAGAUCGUAACAUUAAUCAUUUGGUACUCUCCAGUCGGAAUAGUGUUUCUGAUCGCUGUUAAACUAAUAGAGAUGGAGGACAUGGGUAAAGUGUUUACACAGCUUGGCUACUACAUGCUGACUGUUUUGUUAGGCCUUGGUCUUCAUGGUUUUAUUGUCCUACCUCUCGUAUACUUCGUAGGUACCAGGAAGAAUCCAUUUAUAUUUUGCUACAACAUGCUCCGGGCGUUGUUAACAGCUUGGGGUACUGCUUCAAGUUCUUCGACACUUCCUGUGACAAUGGAAUGCCUGGAAGAGAAGAAUAAGAUCGACAUACGUGUUGCGAAAUUUGUGACCCCAAUCGGAGCCACCAUCAACAUGGAUGGAACUGCACUAUACGAGGCCGUGGCAUCCAUUUUUAUUGCUCAGUAUCUUGGAAUUUCAUUGAAUUUUGGGGAAGUAAUUAUCAUCAGUUUGACAUCAACAGCUGCUGCCAUUGGUGCCGCGGGAAUUCCGUCAGCUGGUCUUGUCACCAUGGCAAUUGUUUUGACAGCGGUUGGAUUACCAGUAGACGAAGUAACUCUCAUAAUACCCAUAGAUUGGUUCUUAGAUAGAUUCAGGACAGCCAUUAAUGUAUUGGGUGAUGCAUACGGCGCUGGUCUUGUUGCUCACUUAUCGCAAGAAGAUCUUGCAGAAUUAGACAGACAAGCUGUUAAAGGAAUAGACCUUAAUGACGUAGAAAUCAAUGUUAAUGGUGGCAAGUAUCAAGAAAAAAAUGGUGGACUCGACAAUCCUUCCUUUACAAAAAUGUAGUUCAAAAGACUGUGUCUGCCUUCAAUGCAAUGCUGUUCUUUAAGUUUACGUUUCGUUGAGUUCUGAAACAAAUUUGGAUAAAAUAUGUUAUACACACCAGCUUUAUAAAACACAGUCUGUACUUUACACACUUAUAAACAUGUUGCGACAUUUCAUGAUAUUAAUGUAUCUUAAGGAAAAACUGUAUAAAUUUUUAAUUACCAGUAUUUGACAAAUGAUGAUAAAAGUUACUUAUAUGUUUAUUGAUUGUAUCUGUAUCUGUAUCCCUAUGGAAAAUAAACAAAGCACAAACUGUUUAUAAGAUCUAAAGAUUUGAUCAAGAAAAUUUCUUAGAAAGUCGAGAUCACUGCAUAUAGGGAGGUGAGUAAACAAAGGUUACAUCAGAGCAUUUAUGGGACUAAGCCAAACUAUUUGAUCUCUGAAAUGACAGGGCCAUUUUUUCAUAUCUCUUGCAGAAUGAAGAAAAAACCCAAUGUUUACUCAACAUAGAAAACUUAUGGUUAAAUAUCUUAAGAAUAAAAGAAAUUGUGAAAGCAGAGUGUAAAUAUGAUAAUGUGUCGGUUAAAAUUGUUAAACAAAUUAGCUUUCAUUCGCUCACGUAUUUUAUUACCAUUAUACCUUGUUAAGACUAGGAAAUUCGUAAUAAUCUUAAGUACCGCCAACCAGCGUUUCACGAUCUAUAAUCAGUCAAUUCAACCAAAAAUUUUGCUUUCAUUGGAAGCACUGCCGCACACAAUCCUACUACAGAAAACUGAACAUUUCAAAUACUUUUAUAUCACAUUGUGUUGGUGUUUGCGCUAUCAUUAUUAUUUAUUCGAGCCUUUGUAAGUUGAUAUAACUGAAUAAUAAUAAUACCUUUUUCAUUGUCCAUCUGAGGGACCUACAUUGAAAAAAAAACUUAUUGUAAAGACUCUAAAGCCCGCUGCAUCUUCAUCAUUAGAAAUGGUAGGAUUUCCAAAGACGUCAUUUGUAAAUAAAAUAACAAAGUGUCACAAACAUUAAAGUCACCUAUCCUACGGAAGAACCCAUUUUAUUUUAGGCGAGGCAGGAAAUUUCUUCUUUAAAGAAAAGAUUGCUUUUGAAAAAUGUAAACAAAAAUUACCAAGAACUAAAAUUAAAGAAUAAUUUGGUUACCGGAUGUAAAGCAAUGCCCCCCUCCCCUUCACAGGAAAGCAUAUGAUUCCUAGUUCAUAUUGUCACCAAAUAAUCAGGGUUUUUUUUAUACUGAAAUAAAUUGUUUUGGGGUUUAAUGAAUAAGAAUAAUCUCGUUUUUAAUUAUUAUAUCAGUAUAUGGUAUUGUUAUUUUGUAAUCAUUUUAACCUCAUAUAUAUUUUUUAAAUGAUGUACCUCACUUAGUAGAUGGUAGCUUGGUAGAUGGUUAUGACCAUUCCUUUAAGAUCCGUGUUAGUCGCAUAGUUCCUCAAGUGUUAUCUUUAUUUGCUAUUUGCAAGCAUUUUGUUGUUGUCUGUAAAUAUCUUAUUAAAACAAUGAAUGCUCCAAUAUGUGUAGAUAAUCUAUAUAUGCUUCUUAAACAUAUUUUGACCGAUGUCCUCUUAUUUUUAGAUUUAUUAUGAUCCCUUUGUUGAGACUAUCUUGUAGUAGUUGUUGUUGGUUUUUUUUUAUAUCAUAUACAAUAAACUAUAUACUCUAAA